GGCAUCCCCUUGGCUCGGCCCAGCGCGGCUUGCCCGGGGCCGGCCGGGUGCAGAGCAGAGCCGCCGUGCCGGCCGGGCCGCCGUGCCAGGCCAGGUCCGGACAACAGCGCGGGGCGGGCCGUCGGCGGCGGGCGGUGCCAGGGCGCAUGCGCCACGGCGGCGGAAGCCCUGAGGAUCCGGGGCGGCUCCGGUACCCCGCUCGCCCCGGCAUGGCCGAUGCGUAUUUGCCGGUGGGCCCCGGGCUGGGCCUGGAGGAGAACUUCCUGUCGCUGGACGACAUCUUGAUGUCGCAGGAGAAGCUGCCGGGCCGCGCCGAGAGCGCCCUGCCGCGCCUGGCCUUCGCGCUGGGCCAGGGGGCCGGCACCGGCGACACGAUCCCUGAGGGCUCAAAGCUGGAAAUACCCCUGUGGCUCGCCAAAGGCCUGUAUGACAGCAAAAGAAGAAUCAUUUCGGUGGAACUGCCGAAGAUUUACAAGGAAGCCUGGAGGACAGUGUUCAGCGCCGAUGCUAAUGUGGUUGAUCUGCAUAAAAUGGGGCCAUACUACUACAGAUUUGGCUCCCAGCUCCUGAAUUUUGACAAUCCAGAGAAUCCUGAGAUAGCUCAGACUAUCCUGCAGACAUUUAUUAGCCGUUUUCGUCGUAUCAUGGACUCCUCUCAGAAUGCCUACAACGAAGACACAUCAGCGCUGGUGGCUCGGCUGGAUGAAUUGGAGCGAGCUUUAUUUCAAGCUGGCCAGAAAGGGCUGAAUGACUUCCAGUGCUGGGAAAAGGGACAGGCUUCUCAAAUCACAGCUUCCAGUCUGAUCCAGAAUUAUGGGAAAAGAAAGUUCACAGAUAUGGAUGGUUAAAGCCUGAAGAACAUGCAGCUACAGUGAGCGACACAGAGAUUUACAGUCUGCCUGUCACGGAGGAGAAGGAUCUCUCAGCUUUGGGAAGGACAGGCUCCCUGUCCGUUAAUGGGAAUUAUUCCCUAUAAUGUCUUUGGAUCAGACUAGUGCAACUUUUAAAAGCAGAUGGCAAGGGUGUGAAAAAUAGAUGGCAUCACAUCACUGAAUAUCUUUUCAGCUUACUAGCUUACUCGUAGCACUCCUGAGGAUUUUCAGUUAAAAGUGUUUACUAGGUGGCUGAAAGGGUAUGAGAGGAUUUUGUACAAGGGUAAUUAAUAUUAAUUAUUCUUUAUAUUCUGAAUUUAUAUUUACAACACCAGAUCCCUUUGGAAAAAUAGUGUAAUUCUAUGUAUUUCAUCUUGCCCUUCCCUUUCCAGCCUCCUGGGAACAGCUGUUUCCAGGCUCCCUGUUCUUUGGACAGCCACAAUGAUGCGGGGAAAAAAAAAAAUAUUGCAUUGAAUUUUUCCCUUUUCUUAUAUAUGGAGGCAGAUCAGACUCUUUGUGAGGCUGGAAUGUUUUUCUUUGCUGACGUUUGUACAGUGUUAAUGCCCUGGAGAAAAAUACUUCCUCUAACCCAUGUAGCAAGUGAAGUGGCCAUGCAGGUCUCAAGUGCCACCUCAUCCUCUCUCUCUCUCUCUCUCUCUCUCUCAGCCCUUCUCAGCUUGGUGCUGCAUGGGGUGAAGAAUGAUCUCGUUUGAUGUGAGUGACUUUUAUGAUGGACGCAUUUCUGUGAUGGCUGUUAAAGCUCUUCCACUUGUUUUACAGAGGAGGCAACAAAGAGUUAGUCCAGACCAGAUCGGAAGCAACAACUUUAAUGAAAGCUCUCCCCCAUUAGCAACCUCUGAGCCAUCUGUUUUCCCGUGAGGAGUUCUUCUGAUUACUAAAUUUGGUUAGUAGAAGGGACAGAGCAAAUGAGCUGAGUUUCCUUCCUUCUGAUCCAUUUGAAUGAUCCUAGCAAAGUGAUACUAGUAAAUGUCAUUCUUGCCAGUAGGAGUGAACUGGAAUUGGAACUUGCUGAACACAGUGGUUAUCCUUCCACAUGGAUACCCUUAAACCUAGAUUGUCUGAAAUCUCACUGGGCUGGAGGCAGAGAACAGAUGGUUAUCUCUGUAGGACUUAGUUCCCAUAGUCAUCAAGGUGGUUGCCCUUUGGAGGCAGGUAUUUGACAUCUUGUGGAUGUCUUAUCUGCAGAUGCUUCUAAGAUUCUGUAGAAGGUGGACCUUGCAGAGUACUUGAGUGGAGGAACCAGAGUGUAAUGGUAUUGAGUGAUUCCUCUUCUGUGGGAAUCACUGGGAGAUGACAGCAAGAUCCAGAUCUUGGAGGAGUUGUUAACUGGACUUGCAGAUGCACUUGGAUGUUUGGAUACUUCAAACUGGAAACCUCAAGUACAAAGGGUGCACGGCCAUUCCUUGGCCAGAGGAGUGAAAACUCUGCCUCUGGAGGUGGUGAGAGGGGACAGUGUGCUGGCUUCACAAGCACCUUGACAUCUCUGCCUCAGCUGCACAGGGCCAGCUGUCCUGCCACAGGAGACUAAUUGGAAGUUGUGCCUAAUGAAGUAUUUCAAGUACAUGCAAGAUCAAAUGCUGCUGCACUUAAUGCCUUAAUGGCACAUAAUAGUCUGUGCAUUUUCAUGCAGCUUUGUCUGUUGUCAGUUUCCGGAUUUUUAUAUGGAAUAAAUAUUUUGUAAGGGGA